CCUUCGCAGACGACGACGACAGCUUGAACCCUUUCCAGGAGGUACAGCCACCUUCUGUAGGGCCCCCUGAGUGGGUGCUGGAGCUGCCCGAGGAACUAGACCAAGCCAUUGCGCAGAGGAACUUUGAAGAUGCUGUCAGCCUCAUCGACAGCGGCCGUGAGUUCUUUGACUCGGCACCCAAAACUGCAGCUUAUAAUGAGAUGAGACGUGCCCUGGAAGGUAGGGUGCGCAGUCUGGUGGAGGUGCUACAAGGGGAAUUGCGCGUAACCCCAGAGAAGAGUUUACAGGGAGGUCCCCGCGCAGCUCGGAGGGCAACCACGCUGUUAGUGCAUCUCAACAAAUCAAGUCAGGCCUGCGAAUUGUUCCUUGGUCAUCGCGGGGCCAUACUGAAGGCAGGACUCAAGCGGCUGCGAUUAGAGGGCAAGACGGUGCUUUAUGUCCGACAGCUUUGCUCCAUCUUCUUCCACAAUCUGCUGGAGACGGGACGCGAGUUCACCAAAGCCUUCCCGGCCAACCGUAGCUGUACUUCAGCGUUCGUAGUGUGGGCUCACAACGAAGUGUCAAAUUUCGCCUCCAUGUUCUCGCGUCAUGUGUUUACAACCCAGUCCACCAUCACCACGGUUGCUGAAUGUAUUAGUCGCGCUGAUUACCACUGCCAGCAGCUGGCAGACAUAGGAUUAGACCUGACGUUUGCAUUACACACCCUCCUGCUGCGUGAUGUGGAGAAGUGGAUCCGUGACGGUAGGGACAAGAUGGUGGAGGCCGUCAAGCUAAGGGGACAGGAAGACACAUGGAAGACCCUUAAGUAUGAGAACAAGGACCAGCUCAAUAAAUUCAUCGAGGACAUGAACGACAUUGGGAUCGCCAACAUACAGACUUACGUGACGGACGAACUUUCUGUUGGAUUGACAAACAACAGCAUCCAGUUCAGCCGCGCUUUCCUGGGCUACCUAGAGGAUGUCCUACGCCUCUUUUGGCCCGAAACGGAACACCUCAUCAACGAGUCUCUCACGGCGCUCUUUUCUGCUCAGCUUCGCCACUGCAAGGCAUCGCUGGACGAGACACUCUUCAAGAACGAAGUACCAAACAUCCGACGGAACAGUGCCUUCUUACUGGACGUGGUGUUGACGCUUGCUGAGCACAGAUAUGCAGAGGCCGUGGGUCAUGCACAUCCGACUUUGCCUGGUCUGCAUGGGUAUUACGUGGCUCUAACUGGCCAAGCAGUCAAUGCGCCAACUAUCAGUAAAUACGAAUCAAAUUUCAUUUAAAUUUUUCGUGUGUCAGUUUUCCCUCAACUCUUCUCUCUCUCUCUCUCACACACACACACACACACACACACACACACACACACACACACACACACACACACACACACACACACACACACACACACACACACUCUGUCUUUCCUGUUUACUUUCUUUUUUUCUCUUGCUCUUUAUUUCUUUUUCUUUCACUUUUUAAAUUCUAAAGACCAAACUUGCCAUACCUGUGUAAGUGAACAUAAAUGCUUAACUUUAUUACAGAGUAUAGAUAUAUUAUCUACAAGAAUAUUGUAUAAAUUGCGCCUUGUGCUGGUUCAAUAAACCUUCCAAAAAUUA